AGAUCAAGAGCGUUUGGCAUCCAUCCACGUGCUUUGAUCAACUGGCCGGUGAUGGCAGCGCAGGGCAGCAGGACAAGGAAACGAAGCAGAACAUCGGGCUUGCCCCUAUGUCUUCUAGCCACUCGACUACGGCUUUCAGGAGCCUGUAACCUCGCAGUAUUUUUCUCCUUCUUUCUAAGCCUCAAACUUUCUUACGCAUUCAUGUCCAUAGCGCCUAAGCUACCGCGUAGAUCCCGGGCGGGCCUGCCUCUCGACCCGCAUGCCGCGUUUUAUUACCUUGUCCACUCACCCCCCUCCCCCUUUAUCCCAAGUCCAAUAAUGUCCGCCAUGAAUUCUGGUUGGCGGAGUGGACCUCGUCCCAGUGAUGAGCCUGUCGACUUGUCCGGAGACGGGGGUGUGUUAAAAACUGUGCUACGGCCCGGCUACGGGUACAACCAGCAAACUCCACCGCCUCAUUCCUACUGCAAGGUAGCUUUUGUCAUGAAAACAUCCACGGGGCAGUUGAUAGCAAACCGGAUGAAGAAACCGAUGGAAUUUAUGCUGGGCCUGGCAAACCCGGAAGUGAUCCGCGGCUGGGAGAUGGCCGUGGCGACCAUGAAGCCCAACGAGGUUGCCGAGAUCACGUGCAGUCCCGAGUAUGCCUUCGGGUCGGCAGAGGGGUACCAAGACAAGAUUCCCCCCGGCGCCAUCAUCGUCACGCGCUUGCAGCUCUUGAACUGGCGGACUCUCCAAGGAGCGGGCUCGACGGACGUGGAGGAUACUCGGGAUCUGACCAAGAAAUGGCGCGAAGAGAUCGACGAAGGCACGUCGCCCAUGACCACCUGGGCCGCCCCCCCCACUGUCCGCAAAGAUAGUAUCGGAGAGGCAACAGCCGAGGUAAAUAGAGAAAACGGUGGGGGUAGCGGACCUUUGGCAGAGGCCAAGGCAGCGAUGGAGAAGGAGCAACGCGAGGAGGAGCAGCAGCAAGGGGAAGGCAUUGAUGGGUUCUCCCCGCCCUCGACCCCGCGCGUGGAGGCGAUUCCUGAGGACGCCAACAAGGGCAUGAAGGUAGACAUAGAUGACAUGGCCAUGAAAAAUAAGCUCAAUCCGAAUCAGGUCGUGAUAGGAACGGCACCGCAGUAUAAGUGGAAGGAAAGGGCGGGCUACAUGGAAGUGGUGGUACCAGUCCCCGAGGAGGUGAAGAAAGAAGAUGUUUUAGUGCACCUGACCAAUCGCGUCUUGACAGUGGGCUUCAAGACCCCGGAGAACAAGGAAAGCUGGAUAAUUGGCGGUGACCUCUUCGGGCCCAUCGAGCUGGACUCCUCGUUUUGGGUGUUGAGCAAGGAUUACACGGACGAGUUAACAGAGGGCAAAACGUGCGUCGAAGUCGCGGAGCCACCGAUCGUUGUUGUCAUGUCGCGCGAGGUGCAGGACUGGGGAGACUAUGAAGAUGAUGAGGAGCUCCCCCAACCAGUCGAGGGAAAACCUGACGAAAAUGGUGUAGUGACGCGGACAGAGUGGGCAUGGAAAGACCAGCGGAAAGCUCGAUAUGUUCAGAAAUUCAAAGUGGAAGAAAUCACGACCCACGUUCCGAAACGAACAUUCGUGCGCAAGACCUGGGCCCGAUUUGGGGACGCCCGCGAUGCUCAUGUCCGAGCCGAGGAGCAAAGUAUUGCGAUUGAAGAUCCUCACAGCCUGGCGGAAGAUGAACCGGCCGCAGAUUUGAAAAACUUGGGCUUAAUCCAACAAAAGCUAGCAGCACGAAAAGCGGGUCUGCUGCCGUCGACAACCCCCGGAGAGUCUUUCGCCGAAUACGAUGGCGGUAGUGGGAUUGGAGGAAUGAAUGGGGGAGAGGAAGGGGCUCCGCGCCGGACCAUGGGCGAGCGAUUUGGUGGUGGAGGGCCAGGGCCCCAGAUGGGGCCGGGCGGGCGGGAAGAGGACAAGUUCCCAACGAUCCGAGUGACAAACGUUUCGGAAGACACGACGGACGAUGACUUGAAGAACCUCUUCGGCCGAUUCGGCGUCUUGCAUCGGGUGUUUUUGGCCAAGGACAAGGAGCGGAACACCUCGCGGGGGUUCGCCUUCGUCUCCUUUCUGAAGAAGGAGGACGCGCAGAAGGCGAUGGACAGCCUGCAGGGGUAUGGUUACGACCACCUGAUCCUCCGCUUGGAGUGGGCGAACCCUCCGACGCAACGGCGGGAGGAGAGGGAUGGGCUUGCCGGGGGGUUCGUGUCCGGCUACGGGCAGCGCUUGGCGCAGGACACGACCAUGGCUUACUCGACGGCGUCGAACCUGACGCAUGGGACGGAAAGAUAACGCGGCGAGUCAGCGGGAGGUGAAGGGCUCUGGUGGGGGUGGGUAGAGGCCUGUGGGUGUCGCAGAGUGCGAGCAUAGGCGCAGACGGCCCUACGACCGUGAACGCAUAGAAGGGAGAAAGGAACUCAUUUUUCAAGGCGGUGUCGGUGGAACAUACGGGCAAAGGAGCUAUCGGCGGUUCAGAAAUCAUUGUUUU